AUGGCCGCCAACGAAAGUAACCAGAGCUUCAAGCUCGAAAACCUAUUCAAUGUGAAGGACAAAGUGGCCCUCAUCACAGGCGGCGGCUCAGGAAUCGGCCUAAUGGCAGCACAAGCGCUAGCCGUGAACGGCGCCAAAGUAUACAUAACCGGACGCACAGAAGACAAACUCGACCGCGUCGCCUCCCUCUACGGAAAAAACAUAAGCGGACAAAUCAUCCCCCUCCCAGCAGACGUAACCAACAAAGACGAGAUCCGCAAACUAGUCUCCGAGAUCACCACUCGCGAAGGCCACCUCUCAAUCCUAAUGAACAACGCCGGAAUAUCCAGCCACAGCCAAGAAACCGAGCCGGAAGAUGCAUCCAACCUCUGCGAGACACUAUUCGAUGAUCCGGCUGCCACAUUCGACGAAUGGGAUUCUGUGUUCCGCACGAACGUCUCGCAGAUCUUCUUCAUGACGACGGCAUUCCUGCCGCUGCUGCAGCGUGGAUCGGAGGUUGAACAUGGUUGGUCUAGCACUGUGCUCAAUACGACUUCCAUCUCGGGUAUUGUGAAGGUCUCGCAGCAUCAUUUUGCGUAUAAUGCUUCCAAGGCUGCGGCGAUUCAUUUGACCAAGAUGCUUGCGCAUGAGGUUAGUUCGUCGAAGCUAAGGGUUAGGGUUAAUAAUAUUGCGCCUGGGGUUUUCCCUAGUGAGAUGACUGCUGGGGAGAGUGAUGAGGGACAGAAGAGUUUUAUUCCGGCUGAGAAGUAUCGGGAGAAGGUUCCUGCUGCUAGGCCAGGAAAGGAUGAGGAUAUGGGUGGUGCUGUGCUUUUUGCGGUUUGUAAUCAGUACUUGAAUGGGCAGACUGUUGUUGUUGAUGGGGGGUAUGUUCUUGCUGCUGGGUCUUUGUGA